UCUAGCCUCGAACUUUUAACUGUUCAAAGAUAUUUAUGCUCUAUUUCAAUUUUGACCAUGAAUGUGGAAACCUCUUGUUGUCAUUGGAGGAAUUUGAAGCUCCAAUUGGGUUGUUGCUGUAAGGCUUGGUGACCUGCUGUAACUUUCUUGAUCCUUCAGUCAUGGGCAAAGCUUCAAGAGAUAAGAGGAAUAUAUACUAUAGUAAAGCAAAAGAAGAAGGCUGGCGUGCUCGAAGUGCGUUCAAACUUCUGAACAUAGAUGAAGAAUUUAACAUAUUUGAAGGAGUCAAGCGAGUGGUGAAUUUAUGCGCAGCCCCUGGUAGCUGGAGCUAGCUGAAGUUGCUUUUCCCGUAGUGACUUUUGCAAAACCGAAAGGCAGUCGCAAUCCCAGUAUAGCUCAUACGAGGACUGGGUGUGAAUGUUGAGGCAUUUGUAGUUUGUGAGAAUUAUUCGCCUCCUGACGGUUUCAACCCAUAAGAUCCAACCCCUGCUAGAAAAGGUGGGAAGCCCAUCAGGAGGAGAUGACUUAGAUUAAAGUAUACAUCCCAAUAAAGUAUCCCCUCAGCGGAUAUGAUUCCGAUCGUUCAUACCCACUGCCCAGAGGUGCCGAGAGAACUUUGAUCCUGUGCGACCUCCUAUUGCCCCUCCUUACAACAGGGCUCUUGAAAUGAAGAAAACCUUCCAGUGAAGGAAUUCGAGAACUAAACCUUCCUUGGAUUCCGGAUUGUGCUAUUCAAUGUUGGAUAACCUGCAAAGUUGAUUUGGAUGGACGGGUGGCCCCCCUGAUUGUGAAUCAACCAACCAUCCUUGCUAAUGGGAAUCUGAGCUAUUCAAAGGCGUGGCCCUCCAAAUUCACAGAUAUCUGCUCGAGUUCAAGGCAUUUAGACAAGGAAAGUUUCGAGCUUCGAAGAUUGAAACUCGAUUAUCAUCUGCUACAGCAUCAUCUUACAGAGACGGGCACGCAAAAGAAUGUCUAAAAUAUCGACUAUAUUUUACAUGCGUUCCGCUCCCACGAUUACAGAAC